AAGAGAAAGGUGUUAACUUGUAAUCGAUUCCUACCUCUGGAUAAAGUCGCGUGUUUGUGUUUCUGAGUUUCUCCCCCAAACGAAAGGAACUGAAAAUCGUAAGAAGAAUCCAAGGCGAAAGAGAAGGAUCAAAUCUAAAAAAGAUGGAUGGUACCGCUCGUGAUUCUUAUGGGCAUUCUGAUACUAAUAAUGUCGUAAGUCAAAGCAUCAGAGAGACUAAAGAAGAAGAAGAAGAUUCUACUUUUCGUGAAAGCGAUAGCAAAAGACUUGGACCAGAUCAACAGAAGCGCGGUAAAUACUUUUUCUACGACACACCGCUCUCCGAAGAAACCGGGGUUUGGAUACCUGUUUCAGUCCCACCAAUGCUGGAGCCUGACCAUGAGGAAUGGUCAAGAGGCCUUAGCUUCAACGGCGGUUACUUCCCCGAGGGAGAUAUGGGAUGGAACCAUAUCCUCGACGAAGACAAGGAGCUAACGAUGUGGGAUGUCAUAGUCGAUAUGUUACUCGCAGCACGUGGUAAAGCCACUGCUCUUACUUCAGGCAACCUCGAGAGUGGCAUUUCGUUUUUCUCGGGACAACACCACCACCACCUUCUCGAACAAGCUUGGCAAGAGAUGGCUCACACUCUCACCGAAGCCAACUUUGGCAACGCGAGAGAGGUUCUCGAAACAGAGCCGCCGAAGUGGCUACCGGAUAGCGCUGCUUCCGCUUGUAUGCUCUGUAGUGUGAGGUUUCAUCCGAUCAUGUGUUCGCGUCAUCACUGUCGAUACUGUGGAGGGUUGUUCUGUGGAGACUGUUCUAAAGGAAGAAGCUUGCUUCCGGUGAAGUUCCGCGUUUCGGAUCCUCAGAGGGUCUGUGAUGCGUGUUGUGUGAGGUUGGAGACUCUGCAGCCUUAUCUGAUGGACCAAGUGAGUCCUGCUGCUCAGUUGCCAACUCAUGACUUGACGGAUCUCAGUACGUUGAGGUCUUGGGUGAACUUUCCAUGGGGACAGUCAAUGGAGUAUGAGAUUUAUAAAGCGACAAACACUAUUCGGGGUUAUAUAUCCAAGGUUGGUUCCUCGAGGACAGAGAGGUCCAUCCCAGAUGCCAUUCUAAGACAAGCAAAAGGUCUUGCAGUAAUCACUGUUGCCAGAGUUGGAGUUAUGGUUACUUAUAGAAUCGGGACUGGACUUGUGGUUGCUCGUAGAGAUGAUGGCUCCUGGUCUCCACCCUCAGCUAUCUCUUCGUUUGGUUUGGGAUGGGGUGCUCAGGCAGGGGGAGAGUUCAUUGACUUUAUUAUUGUCUUAAGAACUCGAGAGGCCAUCCGGACGUUUGGGAGUAACACCCAUUUUGUUGUUGGAGCUGGUCUAAGCGCUGCGGUUGGUGUGACUGGACGAGCUGUUGAAGCAGAUAUCCGAGCAGGUAGUGGUGGUUAUGCCGCUUGCUAUACCUACAGCUGCAGCAAAGGUGCAUUUGUUGGAUGCUCGCUUGAAGGAAGCAUAUUCACAACACGUACAAGUGAGAACUCAAGGUUCUACGGGAGCCAGUCCCUAGCUGCGUCUGACAUCCUCCUUGGCUCUUUGCCUAAACCACCCGCUGCUGCUCCACUCUACCGUGCGCUUGGUGAUCUCUUUCAGAAGAUGGGGAGUGAAACUAGUCGGUCAUCAACAACUUCAUCGUUUUCUGAAGACUGAACUUGUUGAACUGGCUUUUAUCUAUUUGCAAGUAUAACAAUGUCUUUUGUAUAGAUUCAUGCAAAUUCUUGAAUGUAAAUAGAUUAUGGAGAUUUGGUUGGAUAGUUUGUGGGUUGUAAAUAAACAAACAUACUUUAUUGUAUAUAUGAAAUUAUUAAUUUGCUAUUAUAAUAAA